CGGGAUCCUCAUCGGGUGGUAGAUAGGUAGAAAUCGUUCCUGUCCCUUUCGUCGCACCCAGUCCCAGUCGAUUCGAGUCCGGGCACACACGCCGCAAGGAUCGUGGGACCAUGCGGUCGGGGCUUCAGAAACCAGGGGCAAUUCCGUUUCUGGCCCUCUUGAUCUUCUCGCUGAUCAGCUUGGUGCCGUCGUUGGCGAAGGAGUGGGAUCUGUAUAACUUGCAGCUGGGGUAUAUUGGUUAUUCCCGCGGCGAGGUCCGACAGGCGUCUCGAGUCAAAGAUAGUUGGGCUGAUGUGCGAUCGAGGCUACGAGUGCCUGGGGGCCCGUGGAAGCCAUGGCUGUUGGAUGGAUACUACCAAACAUAUUACGAUCGCCCCGCUCGACCGCGGCGUUGCGCCGUGGACGCUCCCUCUCGGAGCACAUUCGAGGCGGCCACUGUCUUCGACACCGAGUCUCUGUUUCCGGCCCGGGAGUCGUCCGCGUUUACGAGAGGGGUUCGCGCCUUCAAAGCGAUGGUCGUCAAGCGAUCGGAAAGUCCGGUGCUCCAGUCAUUACCAGCGGAAGGCCAUGCCGUUGAGAAAUCUCCUACGCGACUUCCUCCCCCUCUCAUCAACUCCUCCCUUACCCCUGAACCUCCGUCCGACGGGAUUCUCCCCGAGGUACCGCCCAGUAGCAGUCGCACGAUACCGCCCCCCAGCAGCAUAGUCGAGACCUCUCGAUGGUUGAUGACUUUUUCCCGUGCAUCGUGGCAGCAGGUCUGCCGCGCCGGGGGCGAAUACUGGGACAACGUGUCGGUCUGGUCUGGUGCCAGUCCGUCGAGCUCGAGACCCGACAACGGCUCCUCGCAUGUCGAAAUCCCACGCCGGGACAUUCCGCGCGAACAGAGGGUUUCGCCGAAAGCGUUAGCGGCCAAUAGCACCGAUAUGUCGCUAGUCCCCCAUGCAAUGGCUACAGCGGUUCCCUCGCAGAACACCACAGGCACGGCUGCAGGGCAGUCGAAAGUCGCGGGAUUCCAGCAGGAAUCCGAGCCGAUGCGUCGGGGGAGCUGCAUGGCCAUUGUAAUUGGCUUGGUUGUGGGUGUGAUGUGGUUUUAACGCCUGCCUGCCUGUGGACAUGACCCAUCACUGCCGUCUCAUCUCGCUAUAGGACUGUCGCAAUUUGACAUUGCGCUCCUCUCCUCCCACACCAGGGACAUUUCUCCCCGUCCCACAAACGGGGCUGGC